AAAUCCAAGCUCUGUAGGCAAAAACUGAGUAAAGCUUCAAUAUCGUAGCAACAAAGCAUCACGGGGAUGAACCAACUUAGAGUAUUUCACUACUCACUGAGGUCUACAAGAUACAAGUAGUAAGGGUUCAAAAGCGAUUUAUAAGUUUCCUCGUAAGACAUAACAGAUUUAUGUGUCUAACUAAAACUUCAGAUGGAAUCUAAAGCUAGUCUUUUAUUUCUUCCUACUUUGUCAUCUCACUUCCUCUCAACAUACAAUGGGUUACGCCCGCUUUGUUGUGUAAACUUUUACGCAUCUACAAAUUAAACACGUUCAAAUCAAACUUGCAGUGAACAUUUAGCCUAAUUUUUCGCCAGAUACCACUAUAUUUUGACUGGUAAAACGAAUUUUGACAUCUGCAUUUUUCUUUUUCUCCUUUUCUAGAUAUUCUAUAAAUAAGUGUAUACAUUACGUCAUUUUUAUCAAAAAUAAUCGUCAGUUAAAGAAACAAAAAGAAAGAAAUUUGACGAUAAUAUUUUUACAGCAAUUUAAACAUUUAGAACAAAUCAAAACUAAAAACAUGUCCGAUGUUAUAGUUAUUCAAAAUUUUAUAAACGGAAAAUUUGAAGAUACUAAAUCCUAUAUUGAUAGUUUUAAUCCAGCCACAAACGAAGUGAAUGCUAAAAUUCCAGAUAGUGACGAAAAUGAUGUUAACAAUGCUGUAAAAGCAGCCAAAACUGCAUUUCUAAAAUGGAGUGCAUUACCUGAUAUUGAACGCGCACGAUAUAUGACUAAGAUUGCUGACAUAAUUGAAUCAAGAUUAGAAGAUUUUGCUAUUGCCGAAUCGAAAGAUCAAGGAAAACCAUUAUGGCUGUCAAGAACAAUUGAAAUACCACGUGCCGUUGAAAAUUUUCGAUUUUUUGCAGCAUCCAUUUUACAUAGUCGUGAAGAUUCAACUCAUCAUCCAUCAGUUGAUGUUUUAAGUUAUACAACUCGUCAACCAGUUGGUGUUGCAGCACUAAUUAGUCCAUGGAAUUUACCAUUGUAUUUACUUACAUGGAAAAUAGCUCCCUGUUUAGCGUUUGGCUGCACCUGUGUAUGUAAACCUAGUGAAUUUACAUCAGUCACUGCUUCAAUGUUGUGUCAAGUAUUUAAUGAUGCAGGUUAG